AUAUAACAAAACAUGACCGCCGUCUCAAAGACGACGCAUUUUAAAGGAAUCACUUUUUGUGUCAAGCAGCAGUUGUCCGCUUUGUACAUGAGGACCAGCCGGCCAAACAGCACGUCAUGCGGCUUUCUCACUAAAAAUGCGGUGAAGAUGCUCUUUACCAAAGAAUUUCAUACAAGCUGUGAGUCUCAUCGCAAAUGAAAAAUAUUUUACUGUAGCGCACUCUUCUGCACAUUUCAGGCCUUGAGGCUGCUUUUAUAAAAUGUCACGUAAUUUUACAUUUUGAUGGCGAAAACCGAGUAUGAAAUGAAUGAAGAGCAUAUAGACUGCAUGAAAUUGUUUGCCUCGGAGCGACACCUUGUCAAUUAACAACGAAUUACAAAACACCAAAGAAGGGCACUCCGCCGUUUAAUCCCAAGACGUGCCCUGUCUGUGGGGAGGUGGUGGUAUUGGAAAAGGGCGAAGUUACAGAGAAGAGGACAGCCGGCGCAUCGAGGUUUGCGCUCCAUUCGGACCCGAGCGCCCGUGGGGGGGCAUGGACAUGCUGCGGCGCUCCUCGGUAUUUGCGGCUGAGGUGAUGGAGGUCUUCGAUCGCUCUCCCACGGACAAGGAGCUGGUCUCCCAGGCAAAGGCACUGUGCAGAGACUACAUCCAUUCCAGGCUGAACCGGGCGGGGAUUGGCUGGUCCAAACCCGAGCAGAGCCUUUCGGCGUCCGGGGGUGCGCUGGCAGAGGUGUCCUCGGUUCUCCUCUGGUUGGGUGAUGAGUUGGAGUAUCUGCGGCCCAGUGUUUACCGUAACGUGGCGCGGCAGCUCAACAUCACCGUGGCCUCAGAGAGCGUGGUGUCGGACGCCUACCUGGCUGUAGCCGAGGAGAUCUUCACCUCAGGUAAGUUUUUUUUUUUUUUUGGGGGGGGCAUUGCUGGGACCGGGGCUGGGGAAUCUCCAGCAAUCAUUCCACGAUGUCACAAAGGCUUUGUGGAUUUUUGUUUUUCUCCCACCACUGCCUCGAGCAUUCUGGGAGUCAGUAAUCGUGCGUAGUCAUGCUAUAGUCGCUCCCCUUUUCUACAGGCGAGACAUUUCAAUGCAAAUGCUUGCCUUUUGCCACAGGGAAUCUAAGUGCACUGAGAACAGGCCGAUUUGUCACACUUAUUGUAAACGCUUUGUGCGGGGGCUUGGCCUCUCUUAGUAUAGACUUUUUAAAAAUAGCUUAAGCCGUGGUGAUUUUAAAGUCCGCCUUUAGGACAAACCUCUUAUUCUGGCUAACGUCAGGAAGGGUUCUGGGGAGAACACGAGGCGUCUGCCAUGUAAACAAAAUCUCAGCACACCUUGGGAAAAAAGAGUCCCUUUUGGUAUCCUGAACGUUUUUUUUU